GAAGAAGGUCAAGAAAUUGUCCUGGGUGGCAUAGCGAGGCGCCCUUGGUAACCCGUCCCUCCCAUAUCACGUGAUCACGCGGGGCGGACAGAAGGAACCCUAGGCCGCGAGACGCCCAAACAGGAAUCUUCAAAAAUCCAUCUCACCUAUUUGGUUACAGGAAUAAUGAUGCUGCCCAAACCUGGGAUCUGUUACUUUCCGUGGGAGGUCAGUGCCGGCCAAGUUCCUGAUGGGGGCACGCUGAGAACAUUCGGCAGGUUGUGCCUCUACGACAUGACCCAGUCCCGAGUGACCCUGAUGGCUCAGCAUGGGUCUGACCAGCACCAGAUCCUCGUCUGCACCAAGCUGGUGGAGCCAUUCCAAGCCCAGGUGGGCUCCCUGUACACGGUCCUUGGGGAGCUCGAGCACCAGAAGAACGGAGGUUCUGUGGUGAAGGCCCGCGUGCUGACUUGUGUGGAAGGAAUGAAUCUACCCUUGUUAGAACAAGCCAUCCGGGAGCAGAGGAUGUACCAGCGAGAGAGGGACAACAGCCAGUAGGAAAUGGAGACUCUUGGCAACCCCCCCAUCGGACCGCGGCUCCUGGGGCCAAGCCCACUGGAGAUGCCGGAGCUGCUGCAGAGAAGAUACAGGAGCUUCCCCAGAGUGACGGCCUUUUCUGGAGCCAGAGAGAGGAGGGGAGGGAUUAUUAAUUUGGGAUUGUCCCAGAAAUGAGAACCCACAGAGCAAGCACCAAAACCUGACAGACCCCCGACCCCCAAGGAGACCGCAGGAGGCCGAGCUCUGGCGUGCUGGGGGCUGUGCCUCGUGUGGGGUCACGGAGGGUUCCAGAAAGUCCUCGUGAAUAAAGGCCUCAGCAGCGAGA